AAAAAUGAAAAAUAUGCCAUAAACUAGAAAAUAGAGACCAUCGAAAUACAAUGUUGUUGAUGACAAAAUAAGAUCAUAAAUAGUGGAAAAAAUAUUUAAUGAAAACCUGAAAAUUAAGGAAGUAAUACUUUAAAAUACUAAAUGUAGGUAGCUUAACUAUUUAAAAUUCCACUAUCUACUGUCAAAGCAGUAAAAUAGGUUUAUCUAAAGGAAGGAAGAAUAUAAAAGAAAGUAAAGAGGAAUCGAUCUAAAAAAGUGAUAACCACAGUUAUUGUUGCACUUAUUGACAAGUAAGUUAACAUUGUAGCAUCAUGACUAACAGAAAUAAGAUCCCCACAG